GUGGAAAAUACACUCCUUGCGUGGCAUUGUGAAAGUGGGCGGAGAUUAAGAGCCUGGUAGAGAGAAGAAGGAAAGAGGACACGCCACAUAUUGAAACGAUGGCUGCCAUCCGUAAAAAGCUGGUGAUUGUCGGGGAUGGAGCCUGUGGAAAGACCUGUCUUCUUAUAGUCUUCAGCAAAGACCAGUUUCCAGAAGUUUACGUGCCCACCGUAUUUGAGAACUAUGUGGCUGACAUUGAAGUCGAUGGUAAACAGGUGGAGCUGGCCUUGUGGGAUACCGCUGGCCAGGAGGACUACGACAGGUUAAGACCGCUCUCCUACCCAGACACGGAUGUCAUACUCAUGUGCUUCUCUAUAGACAGCCCUGACAGCUUGGAAAAUAUUCCUGAGAAGUGGACCCCAGAGGUGAAGCACUUCUGCCCCAAUGUGCCUAUAAUCCUCGUGGGCAACAAGAAAGACUUGCGCAAUGAUGAGCACACACGGAGGGAGCUUGCCAAAAUGAAACAGGAGCCUGUGAAGCCCGAGGAGGGGAGGGACAUGGCCAACCGCAUCAAUGCCUUCGGUUACCUGGAGUGCUCUGCCAAGACAAAAGACGGCGUGAGAGAGGUCUUCGAGAUGGCCACCAGGGCCGCGCUCCAGGCCAAGAAACGUGGCAAGAAAAACGCGUGCCUGCUCUUAUAGAAAACCUCCCCUUGUAGACAGGGAGGGAGACGUGGGGAGGGGGGUGACGAAGAGAGCAGGCGAGCGAGAGAGCGUGAGAAAGACGGGGAUGAGAGAGAGAGUACACAGAAAGGGAAAAAAACGGGAACGGGAUGGGAUGGAAUGGAAAGGGUGGGGUGGAAUCGAGUAGGUUUGUCUUUCUCAUGUGAACGCGUCGGGAAGGGGGGUUGGAAGAGCUUCAAGGUUUUCGGCUGCUCUGCACAGAGGCUUUGACCUCUAGGCUGCACCCCGAGUGCGGGGUGGUGGGUGUGGGGGGGAGGAACACAGACGACCAGCCGGGUCCUAAGAAGUGGCACACACUCACACUCUCGUAGUGCUUGGCUCAGUAAUAAACAGUAGUCAGAGGGGGUGGGACGGGACGGGAGGGGUAGGAAAAGACUUGUACUGGGAAUACACGGUUAUUAUUUUUCAGUGCUUUUGACUCCCAUAACAGCUCCCCUUCCUUUAUGUCCCCUACUUUUUAUACAUGGCUCCAUGAUAAUUGGCUCCCAUAGGUUUACGUACUGUCUCUAGUAGCAAGCUCAAAAAAGAAAAAAAAAGUAACGGUCAUGUUGUGUGUCCGAACGAUUGUAAGUACGUUUGUAUAUGUUUGUAUAUGAAUGUGAGUAUGUGAAUGCAAAUGUUGAAUCUAUAUGUUUCUCUUUUUUUUCCUGUUCAUCUGUUUCUUUGCGUGUGUGGCUGUUGACAGUCUGACCCUCUGAAUUUAAGCACAGGGAUGUAUGUCAACACUGCAGGAUGGGUUUGGCCUGUUAUUCUGCCUCCUCUCUGUUCGCUUCUCCUCUGGUAGCUGAUGUCACAGAAUAUUCUGGAUGUUUUUUUUUAAAAAUAUUAUUAUUAUUAUUAUUCAGAUAUAGUGAUCCAAACCAUUUGCAGUUCAGGUAUAUUUAAAAAUCUAUCAGCAUCUUUUUUUUUUACAUUUAGAUGUAAGGGCCGUUUUGCUCAUAAAAAGUUUGCGAGAGUGUGUUUUUAUAAGCUUGCCUGUGUGUAGAUUUUUAAAUGACUGCUUUGGUUUGAUCACCUGUUGCCCUUUGCUGUUCCGUGGAGAGGAGUAUAGCACAGUACUGUAUACCCAGAGUAACUGACACUCAAACAUUUAGUCUCUGUGUCAGGAAUGGUUAUGAUAUUUGUACUUGAUAUUAAAAGUUGCAAAUUGAAAAAAGGCAUUUUACUUUAAUGGCACGCUUUUCGAGUGGAAUUUCGGUGAGUCAGUGAUAUUCGUCUGGUUCUGUGUGCUGCUCCCUCCAUUCUUCUCUCUUUUUGAAUAUAAUGUUAAUUAUGAUUAGUAUUAUUAUUAUUACCAGUAAUAAUAAUAUUAUUGUCUAUUUUCUUUCAAUGCUCUUGAACUGUGUAUUUAACCCUGUGUGAAUUCUACUGGCCUUUCCUAAAGCAGUUACUACUCCUUAAACCAAUCUUCAGAAUCCUUAUCAUGAGAAAUGUUUAGAUUUUAAACCAUUGAAAGUGCAUAUUUUAUUGUUUUAAUUGGAAUUCAUUCUGAAGAGAUUAAUUGCAAAUGUGUUGUAUGAAAAAAUAUUCUGGUGCAUUUGACUUUUUGUAAAAUACAUUUCCAUAUACCUUCAAUCUGCUUAAAAGACUUAAAUAAAUUGAUUUAGUUUA